CUAAUUUUGGUCCGAACUUGGUUGAAACUGGUUUGGAAAAGGAAAGAAACAACAAGGUUACAAUUGGCUACACCACGCGACACUCAAGCGCCCUCUGAGGGGCGCCCAAGCGGAAUGACAUCUUCUUCAGGCAAAAGGAUUAAGACCCUUAGUACCAAAGAAAAGGAAACAAAGAGGAAGGACAAGGAGCAGUUCUACUCAAAGAAGUUCAGAACUCCUGCUCAUGAAAGGUACUUCCCAGCUGUAGAGGGAAGGAGAUUGCUGAUGGAAAGGAAGGUGGCCAACAUACCUUCUUUGGCUCCUCAAUUUGAAAGGGAGCUGAACAAGAGAGACUGGGGCCACCUGGAAACCUACCCCUUUCCUGCCAAUGUAGACAUUGUCAAAGAGUUCUACACAAAUGCAAAAGCAUUGGAAGGAGAGGAUGAGACGUACUUUAGCUACGUAAGAGGUAAGAAGGUUGCCUUUAAUGCCGACACCAUUGACUUUUUUCUUGGUGUAGAGUGGGAAGGGGAGCAAUGUCAGUUUGCCAUGUCCAUGCUAGAAGGAGUUGACUAUAAGGACAUGGAGCGAACCCUAUGUGUGCUUGGAGGGCACUUUUAGAGGAACAGGUAUGGGGCACCCAUUCACAUCACUAGACCUCAUCUAACGCUUUUGGCACAGUAUUGGAUGGCAUUUUCUCUUGCCAACAUUCAGCCAUGCUCCCAUGUAUCAGACAUCACUGUCUAAAGGUUCAUCUUCCUCUAUUGUGUUCUUAGGGGCCUCAGCAUUAAUAUUGGGCAAGUUAUAGCCAAUGAGAUUCAAAGUUGUGCCCGUGGUUUAACCAGCAAGGCACCCCUGGGAUAUCCCUCCUUGGUCACCCAUCUUUGUGAGACUGCUGGUAUUGAUAGUUCUAGGCCACCACGGGAGCGUCCAAGAAAGAAGCUGGAUGCAGCUUACUUUACUCACUAUUGUAUAGUGGAUGAGCCAGACCAGCCAACACCACCACCACAACAGCCUAGGACACACAGGAGAGCACCACCACCAGCCCAGGAGCUAGUCCAUGAUGUCACUCAUUUUCAGAUGCAGGACAUGUAUUAUUCUUUGCUUGAUUCUAGACAGGCGAGCAGGCAUUCUUGAGGACACUGACGUCCACAUUCCUUGAGAGACAGUUCAUGUCUCAGGAUGACUUUGCAACCUAUGUGGCAUGGCCUGUUGAACCAGCACAGGAAAGUGGUAGAGCUGAAGCAGCUGAUAACGGUUUAAAAUACCGUUAUCUGAGAUGUAAUUUUGAUACUAAAUACACCCUUUUUGACUUAGAAACUUGCUUGGAGUCAUGUUUUUUUUUAUUAAGUUGUGUGAAUAAGAGAGUUGAGGUUGAAUUUGAUGAUUUUAUGACUAAUUUCCUUUGUUUUGAUAGAAAAUGAGUUAAUACAGGAAGCAGAGAUGAAGUGCUAAGGAUAUAGAGCUCAGAAAGACCUAGAAAAGCACCAGAAGAGGGAACCGCACGAAGCUUGGGCGACCUAUAGGAGGCUUGAGCAUGGAAACAUCAACACUCGCUGCUCUCGAAGCCUAGGCGAAAUUGGAGGCUCAAGCCUUUCGGAAAUUGACAUCCAUCGCCCGGGCAGUCAAAUUGGUCGCCCGAACGUUGCGUAUUGCUGAUCCGACCCAGUUUUUGCUCUGUUUCGACUCUUUUGGACCGGGCCCUCUUUCUACUCUUUUCCAACUUUAUUUAAAGAACCCAGGCGCUCUAGGUUUUGUAUCUCUGGCUGGAGCAACACAACAACACACUCUUUUACUCUCUAAAGGCGGAUCUGGAGGCGGAAGCUUCUUCUUCUACUUUUAGGGUUUUACUAUCUCAUGUUUUUCCAUUGUACAUCUAGUUUCUCCAUGUUUAUGGGGAACUAAACUCUAUUUGUUGUUGGGGAAUGAUGAAACCUUGUGAACUCUCAUGUAUUUGAAUUGAUUCUUAAUAAUAUAUGCUUUAUUCAUUAAUUGUUAGGGAAUUCAUCUGUUUUAAUGCUUGCUCUAUUCAACUCAUUUAGUUGCAUGAUUUAUGAAUUGCAUGAGUGUCGGGAGGUUCCUUACAAUUUAGGUUCUUGUUGAAUUUUCCCAAGGGUAAUAUAUCUCAGGGAUGAGGGUAUGAGUACUUGGUCGCAUUAAGCUCUUGAUCUCCAGACUUAAUUUUCUAGGAACGCUAGGAAUUGCACGAACUAGGAAUUAAGGCAAGCUUAUUGCGCCAAGGGAUUGGGUUCUAAGUACUUUAGUGAGUGACGUUAACAUUAAUACAUAAAGAGGAAUUCUUGUAUACAUGAGAGGGAACUUUGUGAAAUCUAACCCCAACAACAUAUUCAUCUCAU